AUGGUCAACGCCAUUCCUGCUCCUACUACAGUGUCUCUGCGCGAUGCGAUGGCAGAUCCAGCUUUUCGCGCUCGUGCGGCGCAGACUUUCGAGGAGGACCUUCCCCAUCAUCCCAGCAGACUCGGUGAUUUGAUGUGGGCCUGUUAUCAAGCGUUUCCUCAGGAGGCGACAUGGUUAGAUCGGUCAAUACUUGCUACAACGAAUGCGAACACGGCAGAACGAUUCGAAGACACGACCCAACGCGCAGCGCUCUACUUCAAGCUUGCUACUCGUUUGCGGACUCGCUUCGAAUUACAAGAUCGAGUGGGCGACUUGACCGACGCGGUCACAUCCUACCGGCGCGCACUGGACUUGACGCCUGAAAGUCAUCACGAACGGACGAGGCGGCUCAAUGACUUAGGCACCUCAUUGAUGGAGCGAUAUCGCCGGAUCGGCGAACUGUGCGACCUCGAGGAAGCCAUCGUGGCGUAUCAGCGACUGGCUGAAGCAGUACCCGACCGACACUUUCUGAAGCCAUUGGCUCUCGGAAACUAUGGCGCCGCCCUAAGGGAUCGCUUUCUGCGUAUACGCAGCCAAGCUGAUUUGGACCUGGCGAUCUCGGUUUACAGCCGCGCUGUCGAGAUGAGCCCCGAUGGACACCCCGAGAAGCCAUCGCUGCUCUGCAGCCUGGGCAAUUCGCUUCGAACGCGCUUCGAACAGAAUGAAAAGGCCGAUGUUGCUCUUCUCGAGCGGGCUUUGGCACUGCAUCGCCAUGCCACUGCACUCACGCGCCCGGACAACCCUGAUCGAUCGGAAUGGCUCGAUGGCUUGGGAGUAGCUCUUCUCACUCACUUCGAGCACACCGGACAGCUUGCAAGCCUCGAGGAAGCCAUAGUGGCUCAUCGUCAGGCCACGGAGUUGAGCCCGCCGGAUAGUAACGCUCAGCGCAGAAGGUUGACACACCUUGGACUUUCGUUACUCAGGCACUUCGAGCGCACUGGAGAACUAGAAGACAUUCAGCAGGCCAUCUUGGUUCAACGUCGCGCAGUCGAGCUUACGCCUGACGACCAUCCGGACAAAGCGUUAUGCUUCAACAACCUCGGUAUCUCGUUUCUGCGGCGUUUCGAACGCACGCUGGACGGAGAAGACAUUGAUAACGCUGUUGAAACCCUAAAGCGAGCGCUCGAUGGUAUACCGGACGGUCAUCCCGAACAGCCGACGAUGGAUCUCAACCUCGGAAAUGCGUUCCUAUUGCGCUACGAAAGAACCGGCGUCGUCUCCGACCAUGAUCGAUCCCUACCUGUAUUGAAGCGCGCAGUCGAGCUUGCUCGCGAGGGACAGCCAAACCUUAUCAUGUUGUACAACAGCUUGGCCUGCUGUUUGGUACACCAAUACCUGCGCACCAACGACACGGACCUUCUUUCAGAUGCCAUAUCUAUUUUCAGGAAGGGAGCCGAGUUCUCCACUCAGAGCGACCCUUUUCUGUCAGUGUCUUUGAAGAACCUCGCCAGCGCGCAAAGGUUGCUCUUUGAGUCCACGCACGACCAGGCGCACUUCGAGGCCGCUUAUCAAUCCUUCAUGGCUUCGGCGUCCCUUUCAUUUGGUCUUCCAACCGAGCAUAUGCAAUCUGCGAUGCGUUGCAUAUCCAUGCUUACUGCAUAUCCCGAGUUCAGCUCAACGAAGCGCUUGCUCUCUGCGUACUCGCGCGUUGUCGGCAUUCUUCCAGAGGUCGUGUGGCUUGGCCACGGUAUCAAUCGACGCUACGACGAGUCUGCAAAGUAUGGAGAGAUUGUGAGCGCUGCUGUCGCUGCUGCUAUAAGCGCUGGAGCGAUGGAACAAGCGGUGGAAUGGCUUGAAGCGGGAAGAUCUGUGAUCUGGUCCCAACUGCUAUCACUACGCACGCCACUCGACGAACUUCGUGACGCUCAGCCUGAUCUUGCUGGCGCUCUUGAAACGACUCGCGCACAUCUUCAGCAGUCCGUACACACAACACUUGCUCUGGACGCCGAUGCCAUUCCUUCCGCUGGAGGGGCGUCAGGCUUGACGGUGAACCCCACCGCCGAUCGCCACCGUUCGUUGGUUGCGCAAUACGAGAAACUCCUGGAGAAGAUCCGAAGAUGCACCGGCUUUGAGAACUUCCUACGUCCACAGAAGGUGUCAUCCCUUAUUCCAGCGCCUGCGCUCAUGAGUGGGCCUGUUGUCUUUAUCAACGUGCAUCUAAGCCGUUGCGACGCUGUCGUCAUCACAUCGAGCGGACACAUCAAGUUGGUGCCACUAUCCGAACUCUCGUACAUCCGUGCAAAGAAGCUAUGUAAGCUGUGGGGUGAGCACGCACUGGGAGGCGGAGGGCACUCGCGCGCAAUAAUAAGAUUGGGUGAUCCGGAAUGGGACAGGAACAUGGUUAAGGUUUACUUGGGACAUAUGUGGUCGUGGAUUGUAAAACCUAUCCUCUCAGCCCUUGAUCUCAUAAGCUUGUCACUUCAGGGUGAGAAUGCACGCCUGCCGCAUGUCACUUGGUGCCCCACAGGACCGCUCAUGCAGCUGCCUCUGCAUGCUGCGGGGCUCUAUGGCGAGCCGAACAGACAACGCGUCUACGACUGCGUCGUAUCGUCGUAUACCCCUUCUCUGUCUGCUUUGAAGCGCAGUUAUGACAGCCUGGACGUGACUGGCUCGCUCCGAGAUGUGCUUAUCGUCACACAACCCUCUGCUCCUGGUCAGACACCCAUUCCCGCGGCGGCUCAGGAAGGCGCCCGUCUAGCGGACACACUAGACACUCUUGGUGCAUCAAGUAAAUGGAUCAACGAGGAGUUCGCUACUGCUCGUCGUGUUCGCUCCGUGGUGGGCCGAUAUCCUUGGGUACAUUUCGCGUGCCAUGGUUCGCAAAACCAGGACAACCCCACGUCAAGCGCCUUCGAGCUCUAUGAUGGGCCACUUACGCUCUCGGAUCUCAUGAGCAUGAUGUCAAACGACGCGGAGCUCGCAUUUCUGUCUGCGUGCCAGACUGCCGUUGGUGACGGGAAGGUCCCGGAAGAGUCCGCGCAUCUUGCAGCCGGCAUGCUUGCAGUCGGGUUCAAGGGCGUUGUAGCCACGAUGUGGUCCAUCCAGGACGACGACGCGCCUAUCAUCGUGGCGGCCUACUACAAAGAGUUAACAACGCUCCGCACGAAAGAGAUGAUCGAAAUGAAGGGGACAGGUUCGGCCUACGCUCUUCAUGAAGCGACGAGGGUCUUGAGGGAGGCUGUCGAUGAAGGAAGUUUCAUGCGGUGGAUCCCGUUCGUACAUUUCGGCGUGUGA